GGAGCUGGGAAGAGAGUCAAGAUGGCGGCGAAAUCCGAUGGCGGUGGCGUGGGGGUGGGCUUCGCCCAGCUGCACAACCUGGACGAGGCGGUGGGCAGCGGCGAGGAGGACGGGGAGCCCGGGGGAGGCGGCUGCGGCGGCGGCGACGGCAGCGAGCCCGGCGAGAGCAGCUCGCUGCACAUCUGCCACUGCUGCAACACCUCCUCGUGCUACUGGGGCUGCCGCUCCGCCUGCCUGCGCUCGCUGCUGGGCAAGAAGCCGCGCCGCAGCGCCGCCGCCGCCGACGGGGGGGACCAGCCGCUGCAGCCGCCCGGGGCCGCCGGCCGCCACCCCCCGACGCCCUCGGCCGGCCGACCGCAGCCCGCGUCGCCGCAGGUGGAGCGGCCGUGGCUCGACUGCCUGUGGAUCGUGCUAGCGCUGCUGGUGUUCUUCGGGGACGUGGGUACCGACCUGUGGCUGGCCCUCGACUACUACCGCAAGGGGGACUACGGCUGCUUCGGGCUGACCCUGUUCUUCGUGCUGGUGCCGUCGCUGCUGGUGCAGAGCCUGAGCUUCCGCUGGUUCGUGCAGGACUACACGGGCGGCGGGCUAGGCGCCGUGGAGGGGCUCAGCAGCCGGGGACCCCCGAUGAUGGGGGCCGGCUACGGCCACGGCGCGGCCCGCGGCGGCCCGGGUGCGGGGGGCUCGGCCACCCCGGGGGCGCAGCGUCUGUGCCGCCUCUCCGUGUGGAUCUGGCAGUCGGUCAUCCACCUGCUGCAGAUGGGGCAGGUGUGGAGGUAUAUCCGCACCAUGUACCUGGGGAUUCAGAGCCAGCGGCAGAAGGAACACCAGCGGCGCUUCUACUGGGCUAUGAUGUACGAAUAUGCAGAUGUCAACAUGCUGCGCCUCCUGGAGACCUUUCUGGAGAGCGCCCCCCAACUGGUGCUACAGCUCUGCAUAAUGAUCCAGAAGAACAGUGCAGAGACGCUGCCCUGUGUCUCCUCUGUGACUUCCCUGAUGUCCCUGGCUUGGGUGCUAGCUUCCUAUCACAAGCUGCUGCGGGACUCCAGGGACGACAAGAAGAGCAUGAGUUACAGAGGGGCCCUCAUCCACCUCUUCUGGCGCCUCUUCACCAUCUCAUCCCGAGUUAUCUCUUUCGCCCUCUUUGCUUCCAUCUUCCAGCUGUAUUUCGGAAUCUUCGUGGUGGUGCAUUGGUGCGCCAUGGCCUUCUGGAUCAUCCAUGGUGGGACAGACUUCUGCAUGUCCAAGUGGGAGGAGAUCCUCUUCAACAUGGUGGUAGGGAUCGUGUACAUUUUCUGCUGGUUUAACGUCAAGGAAGGGCGGACUCGAUACCGAAUGUUCGCAUACUAUACGAUAGUCUUGACCGAGAAUGCUGCCUUGACGUUCCUUUGGUAUUUUUACAGAAAUCCGGAGAGCACUGACUCCUAUGCCGUGCCAGCACUGUGUUGUGUCUUCGUUAGCUUUGUGGCUGGGAUUACACUCAUGCUCUUAUACUAUGGCGUGUUGCAUCCCAUGGGGCCGCGGGCUAAGGUCUUUGCCAGCUCCUGUUGUGCCGAGCUGCUCUGGGGUAUCCCUUUGCCCCCUGAUGUUGAGCCUAUGGCACCUCAGACCCCUGGGUACCGGGGGACCCAGGUCACGCCCACCAGAGCCGUGACGGAACAGCAGGAGGACCUCACGGCUGAUACUUGCCUGCCCGUAUUCCAAGUGAGACCCAUGGGGCCCUCUACCCCGUCAGGGCGUCCUUACCACCCAGAAGGGCCCCUGAUUAAGAUUGACAUGCCAAGAAAGCGGUACCCGGCCUGGGAUGCGCACUUUGUAGACAGGAGGCUGCGGAGGACUAUUAACAUCCUGCAGUACGUCACCCCCACCGCAGUGGGCAUUCGCUACCGAGAUGGGCCUCUGCUCUAUGAGCUGCUGCAGUAUGAGUCUUCACUCUAGAACACCUUGACCCAGAUUGAGAAGGGGACCUUAAGUUUGGUUGCAGUCAACGCAGCCUGCAAGAAAUAUAACCCUCCCUUCCCCCAAUACACAGAACCACCACCACCACCACAACACCAACACCAACACUACAAAAAAGAUCAAUAAGUCACAUCCCCUUCAGAUAAGCUUUCUUUCCAGUCACUAUAUGUAUACAAAGAUAUUCUCUAUGUUUUGUAAGUAAAAACAGAAAGAAAACCUUUCUUUUGUUUUUUACACAUAAGAAACAGUAUUGAAAAAAAAUUAAAUAAUCCCACACUACAGUUCCUAGGAUGGAGAAGGAAGAGCUAAUCUCCUCUCCAAAACAAACAAACAAACAAACAAAAGUUUUAUACUUUACACCAAGUGUAGAUCAUUUAUGGGAUUGGUGCUGAUUGAGAGAACAAAGCAAAAGCAAAACAAAACAAACAAAAACCUUCAACUGCCUUAUGCCCUUAGGUGCUGAGUUUCUUUAGGUACUGUCAUGUUUCCUCACAGAAAACUCUCUGGUAGCUUUUGUACCAGGAGAGGAAAAAAAAAAUUAAAUAAUCAAAUGGAACAAAAUCUACCAACAAAGCAAAUAAACUAAAACAGCAAAUAGAUACCAUACCAAAACAAUCUUUCCUAUCUGAUGAUUUGUAUUGAAAAACAAGCAAACGAGCAAACAAACAAAUUGACCAAAAGCAAAGGCAUAGAAGCCCGUCUCUCUAUUCGGUUUCUCCUGCCCUUUCCCCAUUUUGCAAAGCCUUCUAGAAGCUAAAGGGCUACUUGGAUCUCCACUGGCCGGAAAAGCUCCUUGAAGGCUGACUAUGUGCCAUUUUAACAUUUGCCUAGCAAAAAUUGCAUUAUUUUCCCGUGCAAAAAACCAAACCAAAACACAAACGAGAAUGAAACUCCCAAACACCCAAUUUGAUAAAUUCUAAAAGCAGAUCAAAGGAGAUGUUCAUAAAUGCCAUCAAAGAGAAUCAGCAAUGGUCAAACUCAGCAUGGUAGCAAAGGGACGACAUCAAUUUAAAGGCACAAUACAACAAUGAUCUCUUCCAUCAUUUUAAGGCUGAGAAGGGUGUGUGUGUGUGUAUGUGUGUGUGUCAUGAGUGACAGUGCGUAAGGCCUCUUCUCUUUUCAUUUGGUGGGAAGCCUUAAAUUGAUCUGGAAAGAAUUUUUCAUUUUUCAUCUGUGCUUAAAAAAAUAACACAAAGAGGAACACUAGAAUAUCUAUCUACAUAUAAAAAAGUCAAACCAUAUUAACCCACCCAUUUCACAGACUGGUGCUUCUGUCAAUGUGGUUGGCUGAGACUCAUUCAGCCUGGUGCAUUUGGGGUGAGUGGACAGUGUGUGUGUGUGCGUGUAUGUGUGUGUGUGUGUGUGUGUGUGUGUGUGAGUGUGUGUGUGUGUGUACACCUGCUGCAAGGUCUUGCCAGAAAUGCACAGAACUGAAGUAAGGUAAAUGUGGUAGUGAGGGAGGGAAGCGAGAAGGCUGGAUGGGAAGGUGGGGUGGGUAGCAUCUGUGUGAGGCCAUCUCCCUGGAGCACAAUUCCCCAUCCCAGCAGCAGAGGCUGAUCAUCCAGGCCCUGUGGCUUUGGUGAGGAUCAGAGUCGAUGGUUUAUUUUCUUACUAUACCAAGGUGAAUUUCUGGAGGUGUCACAAGUAUGCUUGACCAUUUGUAAAAUUUUUAAUUUGUGUUUGGAAGGUACUGUUCCUUUAAACAGUAUUUCUGUUUUAGGGUAUUAUUUCAAUACCAUUCUAUCUUUACUUGGG